UUACGUCAUGAUAGGGGAGGCGGGACAAGAGUGUCAACAAACUGAUGCGCAAAACAACGACUGGAAUAUUUUCAUUGAUUCAAAUCAUCGCUCGGCUUUAGAUUUAGCAUGAAAAUGGCACAGUUUGGAUUGUGUUUACUGCUUCUGUACUCUGGACUGAUUCAUCACAUCAAAAGCCAUAUUAAACAGGAAGACAAAACUAGUGAAAAAGAACGACCCAAUUUCAUCAUUAUCCUAGCCGAUGAUAUUGGAUGGGGUGACCUCUGGGUGAACAGGCCUGACAACUCCACACCAACACCCUGGCUGGACUCAUUAAUGCUGAAGGGCAAAAGAUUCACAGACUUCCACUCUCCUGCCUCCACAUGCUCGCCGUCACGUGCUGCCCUCCUGACCGGCAGACAUGGGCUACGCAAUGGGGUCACUCAUAAUUUCGCAGUGGGGUCAGUCGGAGGGCUGCCACUCAAUGAGACAACGCUUGCUGAGCUCUUGCAUGAAGCAGGUUAUUACACAGCCAUUAUCGGAAAAUGGCACCUUGGACACAACGGUUCCUACAAUCCUGUACAUAGAGGUUUUGACUAUUACUUCGGUAUUCCUUAUAGCAAUGACAUGGGCUGCACUGACAAACCAGGUCUCGACCUUCCCAGCUGUCCUCCCUGUCUCCAUAGUCAGUAUAUUACUAGGAAGCAUGAAGAAUGCUACUCUAAAGUGGCAUUGCCUCUGAUGGAAAACGAGAUAAUAAUUGAACAACCCUUGGACACAUGGAGCCUUAAAGACAGAUAUGCCACAGCGGCAGUCAAUCAGAUAUUCACAGCCAGCAUUUCGAAGAAGCAGCCGUUCCUACUGUACGUGGCUCUUGCUCACAUGCAUGUCCCACUGUUCCACAACGCCUUCCUAAACGUUACGACACAAGACCCUUACACAGCCAGCCUCAGUGACAUGGACUCUUUGGUGGGGACAAUCAUGCAGGCGGUCAGCUCUGAGCAGCUGGAAAACACAUUGAUAUGGUUCACUGGUGACAAUGGCCCAUGGGAGCAGAAGUGCCAGUUUGCUGGGAAUGUUGGGCCUUUUGUCGGAAAAUGGCAGACGAGCAGAGCAGGUGGCGGCUCAGCCAAGAGAACCACAUGGGAAGGAGGUCACAGAGUUCCCACAGCGGUCACAUGGCCUAAGAAGAUCAAACCCAACAGCACCAGCAGCGCCCUGCUGAGUGGUCUGGAUAUCUUUCCAACUAUUCUCUCCCUGGCUGGUGUAAAACCUCCAUCAGAUCGACGCUAUGACGGCAUUGAUAUAACUGACAUUCUGCUCAACGACUCUGACACAGGCCAUAAGAGUCUCAUGCAUCCAAACAGCGGUGCUGCGGGACAGUUUGGCGACCUUCAAAGCGUCAGGCUGAGACAUCACAAGGCAUUUUACAUCACAGGUGGAUCAGUGGCAUGCGAUGGAGGAAGUGGACAGCAGCAGUAUCACAACACCCCUCUGAUAUUUGACCUCUCACUGGACGAGGCAGAGGAGACCCCUCUGAACCCUGAGAGUGAAGUGUACAGAUCUGUCCUGAAGGAAGUGGAGAGAGAGAGGGAGGCUCUGCUAUGGGACAUCGCCACAGAUAAGGUAUCAUCGGCCGACUACACUGUGAAUCCAGCUGCAGUCCCCUGCUGCCAGCCACACAACCCCGCCUGCAGAUGUCACAGUUUAAAAUGAGGUCAAUGGGCUAGAUCACAUCAGCAUAUAGGAAGCAGUUUUUUCCUACACUGGGAAGAGCGUAGUUCAAAUAUUCAGCACAAUGUCCCAGAAAACCACACUAGACUACAAAGAAGAUAUGUGUAAAGCUAAGACUGUGUAACAGGAAGCUAUAGAUUCGAAGAUGUUGCCAUAAAUUUCUAUUCUGUUUUUUCAUUUUGAGCUUACAAACUGGGGUCAAACUGAUUUUUAUAUUUCUAAUGAAAUCAUGAGAUUAAUAAUUUGAUCAUAUGUGCAUAUAAACAACAAAAUUAUUGGAAAAGUGUUACAUUAAAAAAGUAUUAUAACUGACUUUCACUUUCCCUAGUUUUAAACCAUGUCUCCAUCUUGUGGUGAUAUUGUUGUCAUAACUGUGUCUGAAAAAAAACAUUCAUUAUAUUACCAGCAUUUCUGACAACUGGACAUGAAUCUAAAAUAUAUGUCCAAUUCAUGUUUUAACACACAUUUGAACAUAUUACAUUAAUAACUCAUUUUAAAAUGCAGAUUUAGAACAAGUCCAACUUUCAUUGGCUGUGUGAACUGUCCAGUGGCAUUUUGAAAGGUAUUUGUCAAGUUAAUAUACUGGUAUUGGUCGGUAUAGUGACUGCACUCGUGGUUUCCAACAUGUUCUCUUAGGUGAAUCAGUGGACACUGAGUUUGAUUUCAACCUCUUGUUCUUUAUUGGUUUGCUGUUAGUAAGCACAUUGGUGAAUCCAAACAUGCAUACAGUAAUAAACACGUGCUCUGGCACUCAUGUACCUACAAUGAAGUCUACCGACAGAUGUGGCGCAUAUAAAUGAAAAUGAAAACGUCACAUUACGACUGGAGCCGAAUGAGACAUUCGUAUACCCUUCACAACUUACUGGUAAAAAUGUAACGUUAACUUAAAUCCUUUUAAAACAAAUUAAAAAAUAAUGUAGGAUGCUUUGAAUUUGCAAUGCUACUAUGCAUUCAUAUUUGUAUCUGUGCGUAAUAAAAGAUCAACUUAUCUAAGAAAA